AUGAUCGCUUCUUUUUGUUCUGAAGCAAAUUUAACAAUAGUAAAUGCCAUUCAACAGUUUCGCUCAACUGCAUUCAUAUCUGCUCAAGUAUUGCCUCCUAAACCAUUUCAAGUGUUAAUCAAUAAUGCAAUACAACAGUUUCAAGCGUUGACUUCGGCUGGUUUUGUCGGUAUUCUAGAGCCUAUUCGUGUUGUUGGUCAAGGUAAUGCACUUAUAACUGUUAUGGGAACAAAUUGGUCACCAAGAGUAACAUCUUUUGAUGACGAUGUUCCUUUCCUAUUUGUUCCUGUCGAAUACAACGGUGGCAACUGUUCCUGUGCCACUUCACGAUCAUGCUUGAAACCAAUGGCUUUAUUCGCGAAUUCUCGUAUACUAGUUUAUACAUUGGACGAUAUAUUUUAUGGUUGCACGCUUGUCGACACUCUGUUGCAGUCCUCUCUCACGUGCUUUUUUUCUAACUCGUGUCUUACAACAUUGCUUCAGGCAAUACUUCUUACCAAUGAUUCCGUUUUUUGGCGUUAUAUAUAUCCAUUGGCGCCAAUAAAACGCUUCUCCAACAAAUCUUAUUUUCAAGAAAAUGAUACCCUCGAAACUAUUGCCCGUGGGCUUUUUAUUGAUUCUUGGACGAGUGAAGUUUCCUAUGAUAGAUAUUAUAAUGCAUGCCAGCCUGUGAUAUGCCGUUAUUCGUUUCGACAGCGUUUAGAUGUCACUUAUGUCAGUCUUACAUUACUAAGUCUGUUUGGUGGAAUUUCGACAGCACUUCUGUGUGCAGUGCCACGCAUAUUAUAUAUUCUUCGCAAUUUAUAUUAUUAUUUUCGUCAGCGGAUUAGAAAAGAAAAUGAAAGCUAGACAAUGAAACAAUACAAAACGCAAAUACACAAAUAACCUAAUGACAAAAUAAUCUAAGUUCUUUUCACUUCGUUCAUUAACUUCUAUUGCUUCUUUUACAAAACACGACUCAUAUAUUUAUUCUUUCCAUCUAAAAUAUAUGCUCUGCCUAUAGAUUCAACGCUUUUCGGUUAAUGAUCCAUCUUCCUCGUUCUUUGAAAUAAAUACAAUAUUUACUUUAUUAUGGGUGUGCGGGUGUUGAUCUUCUUUUCAAGAACAUCCACACUCACGCUCAUAUCUAGGGCUGGCACUUUAUCUUUACUUUACUUUAAUAAAGUACAGUAAAGUAAAGCAUUUGACUUUACUUUACCGAGUAAAGUAAAGUGAAGCAUUUGACUUUACUUUACUCAGUAAAGUAAA